GCGCAGUGCGCUCCGCUCCGGGAGGCGGAGGCGACGCGCUGGAGGGAAGAUGGAAGACUUCCAGGGUGCGGAAGAGACUGCUUUUGUUGUUGACGAAGUGAGCAACAUUGUAAAGGAGGCUAUAGAAAGUGCCAUCGGAGGCAAUGCCUAUCAGCACAGCAAGGUGAAUCAGUGGACCACAAACGUGGUAGAACAGACUUUAAGCCAACUCACCAAGCUGGGGAAACCAUUUAAAUACAUUGUGACCUGUGUGAUAAUGCAGAAGAAUGGAGCGGGACUGCACACGGCGAGCUCUUGCUUCUGGGACAGCUCUACCGACGGGAGCUGCACCGUGCGGUGGGAGAACAAGACCAUGUACUGCAUCGUCAGCGCCUUCGGGCUCUCCAUCUGACCUGCCCGCCCGGCCCUCCCUCCCUCCGUGUCGGCGUUUCCCUUCCAUCUUCGUUAAUCGCCAGCCGGGAAUUCAGUGAACACCUUUCCUGUUCUGUUUGUGUGUUUGUGUGUGUGGUGGUGGGGGGGCCCCUCUGACAAUGUGGAGAAGAAACCCAGAUAAGCGCACCGUCCUGUAAUCAGCACACCCUCGGCCAGAGGGACCGUCCUCGGGGGCUGCCACUUGUCUCAACUCUGAAUCUCUGCUCAAAGGUGCUAAACACUCCAGUCUGCUAGCGUGAAGCUGUCUCUACUCUCUGAAAUGACUCAAACACACUACUUUUUCAUACUUUGUACUUUUGUUAGAAUAAAUUAAUCCA